AUGAUGAAGGCUUUGCUUCUCUCGAUUCUAUUCUCUGUACUCGUCAGCUUUGGUGAUUUUGGCAACUUGGACACAACAAAAGAGGCUAUCAUGCGCUUAAACACAAAAGUGCUGAACAAGACUGAACUUCUGUACAUGCAUGAAAGGCUUCAUGAACAAGAGAUGGAGGAUGCGGCGAGUCUCAAGCUCAGUCCACUGCGACAGACAGUGCUAGAUAAUAUAGAAAAGGAGCUAUCACCUGUAGAGAGUGUACAAUUUAACCCAAUGGGUGACGACAUUGUGACUGUUAAUGAAAAUGCAGGAAUUGGAGGACUUCUGUACCAGAGUGACAUCGUAUUAACAGAGUGGCAAGUGGAUGAAAUUGUGAAUAGUAGAAAACGUAAUAGGAAGAAAAGACAAGCUUUCAAAGACAAAAAUUACCCAAGGACUCUCUGGCCCAAUGGCUAUGUACAUUUUUCCUUCGGUUCCAAUACAUCUAAGAAACUCCAGGACAUCUUCAGACAUGGCGCACUAGAAUGGCAAAGAAUAACAUGCCUUAACUUCUAUGAGUAUAUCCAUGCAAAGGAACGUAUUGAGUUAAUCGUCGAAAACGGUUGCUGGUCAUACGUAGGGAACAUACACAGAGUACAACCAAUUUCCUUAGGUUCCGGAUGCGAAACGAUUGGCUCUGCUGCACAUGAAAUUGGUCACGCUCUUGGCAUGUUCCAUCAUCAAGCAAGACAUGAUCGUGACGAGCACCUGCUAAUCGAAAGGAAUAAUAUCAGGCCUGGUAUGGAAGACCAGUUCAACAAAGAAACUACGGCGACCAAUGACAACUAUGGGUUUCCUUAUGAAUACGGUAGCGUGAUGCAUUACGGUUCAAAAAGUUUCUCGGCAGACAAGACUCGCCUUCACACAAUGGUACCUAUACCUGACAGAAGGUAUAUCGACACUAUGGGCUCACACUUUGUUUCUUUCUACGACAAACUCAUGAUGAAUACUCAUUACAAUUGCCUAGAUAAAUGUAAAUCCAAUCCUUCGGCGGCCAAAUGCGCAAUGGGAGGCUUCCCAAAUCCGAAAGAUUGCUCGAAAUGCGUUUGCCCAGGAGGAUACGGAGGAAGAUUGUGCAAUGAAAGGCCAGCAGGCUGCGGAGAAGUGUUGCAAGCUGGCACGGAGUACAAAAAAUUUGAAGAUACUAUUGGACAGAACUGGAUACAAAAAUCUACUGAUAAUGACUUCUUCCUCAUGUGCCAUUACUGGAUAGAGGCUCCAUUAGGUCGAAAGGUUGAAAUAAAGUUCCAUAGUUUCACGGAUAAAGUCAAUACUGAUGGAUGCUAUUUUGCUGGUGUUGAAAUCAAAACACAGAAGGACCAACGUGCAACGGGCUACAGGUUCUGCCAUCCCUCUUAUAUGGGAGAGUUGUUCGAAUCUGACAGAAACGUUGUCCCUAUCAUCACCUACAGUAGGAUCUGGCCAGUCACAACGACGUUAUGGUACCGAAUGAUCUAAAGAAGUGCGUAUACGAACAUACCAUUCACUAUCUUUUGUACAGAUUGC